UCACAGAGUUUCGCAGGCCUGAUUUAGAAUUGACAAUUGUUCUCGUACAGAGCCAGAAACCUGGAUGAGCUCCAUUUUGAGGGAGGAACCAUGUGUGUAGAGAGACCUUGUCAAUUCUCUGUGGGCAUGAGGCCUUGUAGACAUGGCUCCAUUGUGAGGUAGCAAUUAUGUUUGUAGACAGACCUUGUCUAUCCUCUGUGGGGUUGUGUCCUUGUAGACAUGGCAGGCAUUUCGAGGGAUAUCCGCGGAACAGUAGAGAAUUUGGUCCGUCUGACCUCCGAUAGCAACAGCACCGAUCCACUCAAACUCAACGUUCUACAAUGUCAGUUGGUUGCUAAGAAAGCGGCCGACAGUUCGUACACCUUGAACGACCUUGAGGCUUAUCAGCGCAGGCAUGAGAAAAGCUCCGAUGGACGCAUCGCUGGUACCGGAUUUCGAGCCGCUAAGGAACUUCUCCGAGUGCUGAAGGACGCCGAGAUUCUUAUCAGAGAGUGCUGCUCUGAAAAGUGGAAGAAAGUGGUGUUCAAACGCGGAAAAUUGCAAGAGACUUUUGCGAAGAUAGCGUAUGAGAUUGAGUGGCACUCGUUGGUGUUGUACAGCGUCUUGGUGGCACAGAGCGACAUCUAUGACAAGAGGACGUGCGAUGGUAAGCUGAGGUCCAUCGACCAUGCCAGGUUGAUACUUGCGGCAAGGCAAGACCUAGAUUCUUUGAGGGCCCUUCUCCAAGGCCCACACGUUUGUGAUGAAAUAUGUAAACCAGACUUUUGUUCCGAAUGCCUCAAGGAUAAAGUACUUCAGCAGUGGGAUACAGAAGAAAAAGAAUUGGAGGACAGGAGCUCUCUGUCGCAAAUUAUGUCAUCUAUCUUCUCAUGGGUUCAACCGCAGUUUGAUUCUAAAAGACAACAGAAUGGAAAAGUAGGCGUUGCUGAAGUGAAAGAGAUAAAAUGGCUUGGGCAAAUGUAUGCAAUGAAGACUUUCAACAAAGAUGCGACUCACGAGGCACACUUCAGGGAGGAGGUUUCUGAUAUGGCUGCCCUUGACCAUCCGAAUGUAGUCCGUAUCAUCUGUUGUUGGGAAGACAAAAACUACGUAAGUAUCUUGAUGGAACCGCUGCGCAAAAGCUUGCACAAUCUGCUACUGAAUUACAAAGAUGGAACUCAUGCUCCGUCUGCACCUACCCCAUUUACAAUCUUAAAUUCAGUCGAUAUUAUGCUGCAAAUUGCCGAAGGCGUCAGAUAUGUCCACAGCAAAAACUUUACUCACCUUGACAUCAUGUCGCUCAAUGUUCUAGUACAAUUUGCCGAUCCUAUCACCUCAACAGAUGUGAAGGAUUCUGAUACAGUGACCAUUUCCAGCAGAUCUACAUCUUUCACGGUCAAACUUGCAGACUUCGGUUUGAAGAGGAUAAUCAAUGAAAAAGGUCGUCGGACAUCAAACUCUGUCAAGACAGCAUGGACAGCUCCAGAGGCUUACAAGCUCAGAAAAGGCGAAGAUUCAGCCUGGUUCCACCCCAGGAAAGCAGACGUUUAUAGCUUUGCGAUAACGUGCUCCGAGAUACUUACAGGAGAUCACCCUUUCGCACAUUUCAAUGCGGACUACAAUUUCGAUGCUGUAAAGGAUGGGGACCGGCCGAGGUUGCCAGGGGAAACUCCCAGGCGAUUGGCUGCUUUGAUUCAUCGAUGCUGGCACCGAAACCCUCAACUACGCCCUGAUUUUACCGCAAUUUGCACGGAGCUUCGAUUCAUCAAGGGGCUUGCCUUGCGAGGUGAUAUCAAAUCACUGCACCAAACAGAUGUUGGCAAUGAAGCCAAUUUUCAUAUGGAGACAGGAGUUAAGGUACAAGGGCCAUGGGGAGGCAAUGGGGGAGGUCAAUUCUUUGAUGGAAUAGUCACAUCCAUAAAGCAGAUAACCAUGAAGUAUAGCACAGACCCAUCCCCUUGCAUAUUCUACAUGGAGAUGGAGUACAACAUGAAUGGAACAUCAUUUUUUAUUGGUCAUGGAGAUGCCAAUCAUGGUUCGAACUCUUCAACUAUCAAGAUAGACGAGCCUAGUGAAUACAUCACAAAAGUUGAAGGGUCAUAUGGCAGCACCCCAAUGUGGUGUGGAGGCAAGCAAGUGGAGAGUUUAACAUCCUUAACCAUACACACCAAUGUGAAAGCACAUGGACCCUUUGGAGGGAAGUGCACAUCCAAGUUCAAAAGUGAAUAUGGCAGAGUUGUGGGUUUCCAUGGAAGAAGUGGUUUGGGGCUUGAUUCUAUUGGUUGUUUUACAGUACCCAUUGAAGUUUGAUGUAUCCAAAAUGAAUACCUUGGGAGAUGAUUGUCAUGUGCAUCAAUCUUUACAGUAACUGUGUAAUAAUAUUGUCAUAGGCUUGUAGAAAGUUACUUACCAAAAGUAGGUAUACAGUAGAAAUGGAUGUGAUUCUAUUGGCUAAGUAGCAAUGUAGUAAAUUGGUGAGGUGUAGCACUUCAAUAUUUCAUCAUGAAUACUCGUGGCAGAAGAAAACAUUAAAAAAAACUAAAAGCAUUAUCUUACAGGAAUGUUAUGAGUGCAAGGCUUUGCAAUAAUUCUAGGAAAAUAUAAGACUGUAGUUAGGAUUUUACAAUAGAACAUAUUUUUCUAUUGAAACCAAAAAUUUAUGUUUUACUAAAAAUACAUCAAUUUAAUCAGUGAUAUUACUGUUUUCAGCACAA